AUGAAUGCACCUUCCAGAUAUACGACGUUUGCGACUUCUUCAACUGGAUCAGCGGUGCGAACUUCGAAUUGGGCCAAGGACCAUACAUUGUACGAAAAUCCUCACAAUCACGGUGAUGUGGUGCUUGUCGUAGGAGGGAAAAGAUUUAGAGCGCACAAAAAGGUCCUAGGUGCGAUGUCUGAAGUCUUUCAUGCCGCCUUUACCAACCCAGAGUCCGAGAACAACAUCGAACUAGAAGUCACCGGUCACUCCCCCGAAGCAGUCAAAACCAUGCUGAAGCAUUGUCACGGCAUCAGACUUAACCCUCAUCUUGAAAUCGACCGUCUGGAACAACAAACCGACAUACGCUACUACUCGGACGAAAAUGACUAUGCAACAAGGAAGAUGAUCAGAGAUCGAGUGAUGGCUCGUCGCACCGCGGUCCAGGAUCAUACCAUCGAAAAACGACUGCAUCAUCUCUUUGAGGUCUAUCUGAUUGCAGACGAGUACCGCAUCACUUCUCUGACCACUUACAUCACACAGAAGGUGGAGAAAAUUGGUUGCGAGUCUGGCUCCUCUAAUGGUGAGGAAUUGUUUUCGACAACACAACCAGAAGCGUUCGGUACCAACAACGGCGUACACAUUGCCGUGACCUCACUGACUAUUAGCCGACUAUUCACUCGGAUGGAAGGACAACGGCAAGAUUCGGUUUUGAGGCCCUAUCAAUUUCUUGCCAAAGUCAUGUCGGAGCAAGUGGUCUAG